AUCAAUUUUAAUUGUUCCAUGAAAACAUGAAAAAAGUUCAAUCGUAGAUUCAGUUUACUGGUUUUAACGUUAAUCCGGUUGACAGGAUUAGUCCAACUAAGGAUAAUGAGGAUUGUUUAAUUGAAAGAAACGCCUUCAAAAUGGAAACCCGAUUCAUGUGUCUGUGUGCCUGGUUUACCAUUCUCCCGCUUUCUCCCUCUCCUCAUCUUCCUCUUUUUCCCCUUAUCUUCAUCUUCUCUCUCUCUCUCUCUCUCUCUUUUCUCCCUUUUAUCAUCAUUUUCCUCUUUCUUUCACUCAUUUCAGUUUUUCUAUGGCGCAAAUUGAGUCAACUUGAAUUCUCAUUUUUUUCUCUGUUUUUUUCUCUCUCUCAUCACAAACUCAUCAUCAUUAUCAUCUCUCAAAUUCGAGUCUCUCACUCACUCACUAUCUCUCUCAUACUCUCUCUCUCUCUCUCUCAUGUGUCUCUAUCAAAUUGGAUCAUGUUCAUUUACCAUUGAUCAUCAUCUUCAAUUGAAGUGAUUACUUGUUUUCAUCAAUCUCGAUUAUAAUUGUUUUCUCAUCUCAUCCUAAUUGUCUUAUUGUUAAUCUCAACAAAUUUUGUUCUCAAAAGUUUUUCCUAACAGUUAUUGAUUAACAUUAAUCUCUUACCCGGUGUUCAUAAUCCGUCCAAUUGAAUUAAUCACAUCAUGAAACCUGCAAAGUUACCUGGAGUUGAAAAGUUCAAAUUCUGGGAUAAAUCAUUAUUGGAAGAUGAUGAUGAUGAAGAUGAUGAUAGUAGUAGUAUCAAUGACAAUGACAGUUUGGACAGUGGCGGUGGCGGCGGUGGGUCAAGUGUUAAAAAGUUGACCUCAAAAAGUGUUACCAGUAGUCCCGGUGGUGGUAGCGGUGAUAGUAUUGAUGGUGUUGGUCAAGGUGCUGGUCAAGGUGAGGAUAAUAUAUUUAUCCGUGGUUAUGUGAUACGUAAUACUUGCUCAAGUUUACAAUCCUCAAAAAAGUCAGUUCUUUGUGAUAUAAUUGAUUCAACUGAAUCAACUGAACAACAUCAUUCAUUACCUUUAUAUCAAACCUGUCAUCCUGCCGCUUGUCAUCUUGUCCAUCAUCAUAAUAAUCAUCAUUCUAAUCAUCAUCAUCAUCAUUAUCAUUAUCGUCGUAAGGUAAUCCUACCAAUAUCCUCACGAUUAGCAGCCAAAGUGUUAACAUCAACUGAUCUCCCAUUGGAUUUAUUUGAUAUUCGUGAUCAUUAUAAAUCAACACGAUUAAGAGAUGUUGUUGUCGGGAUGACCACUAGUGGUAAUUUGAUUGCAGGUGUUGAUGGUGGACUUGUUGGUAGUAAAGGUGAUGGGGCAAGUGCUGGACGUGCGACACUUCAACCUAAACGAUACAUCAACAAUAACAACAACAACAAUAAUAAUAAUAAUAAUAUAUUUAUUCAUAAAGAUACAGAUGAUAAUUGUUGAUGUUGGUCAACGAUUUAACAUCCACACUGACCAUAAGGUUUUUCUUCAAUCUCUUCCUCCUUUUGUACAGUGUCAACAUUUUCUGUCUCACUUUACUUAUCCACCCCGUCACUUUGGGUAUUGACAAAGGAGGAGGAGGAUUAGUAGCGAGGAGGGAUAAUGUUACUUUCAUCUGGACACUGAGAGAGAGAGAGAGAGAUGAUUUUACUUGUUGUUGUCUCAUCUUUUUACAUAUUCACAUUUUUGACCUGAGGUCAUUUUCUUAAGGUCAUCAUCAUCUUAAAGUAUUUUCAAGUUGUUUGCUUACCUUUGUUGUACAUCCCUAAGGUAUGUAAAUGAUGCGGAUCAAAGAUGCGGAUAAAGAUGAUCAUAUAAAUGGAUGAUUACAUGAUGAUGAUGAUGAUUGACAGAUUAUAAUCAUUGUUAUGGAUUAACAAUCAGACCAAAAUAAACAACGAAAAUUAAACCAUCUGGUACAACAAUCAAUUGGUACAAUCAGUGAAUUUGACAAAACCAUCAACAACAAGUAAAUCAAAUCAAAAUGGAUCUCGAUUAUUAUUAAAUCAACAAUCAACUCAUCUCACAAUCAAACAACAUCACAAUCUUGCAAUUAAGUCACUAUGUAUAUAAAUUAUUUACUAUGUAUCAAUAUUACCAAUCCGAUUUGUAAAUCAGCUUAAAUUGAAACAAUUUAGAAACUAAAUUAAAUCAAUUUGUUUUUGUGUACAAUUUA